UUCGAACGGCUCCUGAUUGGCUGCUGCAGGAUUGUCGGCACUGAAGCAUCUGCGGCUCGCGCUGUGCCAGCUGUCCUCGCGCACUCGGCUGGUGCUGGGCAACGGAGAGAGGCUCGUACGGAGGAGGUUCUGGGAAACUGGUGAAAAAGGGACAGUGUCAGCCAACAUGGGGUCGAUGCGUAUCCUCAUCAAGGGAGGGAAGGUGGUCAACGAUGACUUCACCCAGGAGGCAGAUGUCUACAUUGAGAAUGGAAUCAUUCAACAGGUUGGAAAAGAGCUGAUGAUCCCAGGUGGAGCCAAGGUGAUCGACGCCUCCGGAAAGCUGGUAUUACCGGGCGGAAUAGACACAAGUGUGCAUCUGCAGCAGUCUUUCAUGAACGCCACCAUUCAGGAUGACUUCUACAGUGGGACCAAGGCGGCUCUGAUGGGUGGCACCACCAUGGUGAUGGGUCUGGUCCUGCCUGAGCAACACUGCUCCCUUGUGGACGCCUAUGAGAAGUGCAGGGCUCUGGCAGAUGCCAAGGCAUGUUGCGACUAUGGCAUUCAUGUUGGAGUGACUUGGUGGGGGCCAAAGGUGCAUAAUGAGAUGGAGACCCUGGUGAGGGAGCAUGGAGUGAACUCCUUCCAGAUGUACAUGACCUAUAAGGAUAUGAUGAUGCUGAGGGACUCUGAGCUCUACCAGGCUCUACAGACUUGUAAGGACAUCGGAGCCAUCGCACGAGUUCAUGCAGAGAAUGGAGAGCUGGUGGCAGAGAGUGCCAAAGAGACUCUGGAUUUGGGCAUCAGUGGGCCAGAGGGUAUCGAGAUCAGUCGACCAGAGGAGCUUGAGUCUGAGGCUACUCACAGAGCCGUCACCAUUGCCAACAGGGCUCGCUGUCCAAUCUAUUUGGUGAAUGUGUCCAGUAUGGCUGCAGGAGACAUGAUAGCUGCUGCUAAGAUGCAAGGUAAGGUGGUCCAUGCAGAGACCACAGUAGCACACGCAGUGUUGAAUGGGAUGCAGUAUUACCACCAAGACUGGGCUCAUGCUGCUGGAUAUGUUCUCGUCCCUCCUCUGCGCCUCGACCCCAACACACCUGGAUACCUCAUGGGCCUGCUGGCAAAUGACACUCUGAGUGUUGUGGCAUCAGAGCACCGUCCAUUUAGCAUCAAGCAGAGAGCUUUGGGCAAAGAGGACUUCACAAAGAUCCCUCAUGGAGUCCCUGGAGUCCAAGACAGGAUGAGUGUCAUUUGGGAGAGGGGAGUGGUUACAGGAAAAAUGGACGAGAACCGUUUCGUGGCAGUGACGAGCUCCAAUGCUGCAAAGAUUUACAACAUGUACCCACGCAAGGGCCGUAUCAUCCCAGGAGCUGACGCUGACGUGGUGGUCUGGGACCCUGAUGCAACAAGGACGAUCUCUGUUACCACCCAGGUGCAGGGUGGAGACUUCAACCUGUACGAGGGUCAGCGCUGCCAUGGCGUUCCCCUGGUGACUAUCAGCCGAGGACGUUUGGUGUGUGAGAACGGUGUGUUCAUGUGUGCCGAGGGCUCUGGAAAGUUCUACCCACAACGCACUUUCCCUGACUACCUCUAUAAGAAGAUGGUGCAGAGAGAAAAGACUCAGGUUUAUAAAGGGGUUGCCAGGGAUCCCUACUCUGGUGAUGUGGCCAAAGUUGCAAAUACCAUGAAGAAGGAGCUUGGUUUAGGCCCCAUUGAUGGAGAGACACCCACUAAAGGGCUCUCUGGAGCCCGUGUGCACCAGGGGGUCAGGGACCUCCAUGAGUCCUCCUUUAGCCUCUCAGGGUCCCAGGUUGAUGACCACAUCCCGAAGAGGUCCUCAGCUCGGAUCCUGGCUCCCCCCGGCGGUCGCUCCAGUGGCAUCUGGUAAUCACCAGCGCUGGAGCUUCAACUGUCUGACCCUCUUUGUUUCGUAAAACUCAGAGCAACCAGGAAAACUGCACUGAUUUUCAAUCACAGGUUAAAGUUAUGAAGGGAAUAUAAAUUUGGGGACCCGUCUGUGAUUGGUGAAGACAUAACUGAUGAUCAGUGAUCUGCCAAAGGGAUCCAAUUUGUGUCUUAAUUGGAGCAACUGAUCUGAUUUAUAACAGGAGUGUGAAGGGCUUACUAUGAAUUUUAAAAUAUUUUACCAAAUUCAAGCUGAUCAUAGUAACAUCGACAGUCUGCUCAUUAUCAUCGCACACUAAACCAACUGUGAAAGAUCAAAACCAGUACAGUUUUUGAUGGUUUAUCUGAAGUGAUGUCAACCGAAUUAUUUAAAAAAGUAGAACUGGAUUCAGUGAAAUAUCUAUUAAACCCCUGUCACACACACACAACCAUACAGUUAACUUUAGACACCAUAGCUUUAGACUCAUGAAAACGUGUGUGGAUUCUGUUUGUGAUUAAACACCCACUGUGCUCGGCUUCCUGCCGCACCGUGGGUUCCUCUAACAGUGUUUUUAUUUCCAAUGGAUGAACUGUGCUGUGUGGUGAUGAAAUCCAACUGCUUCAAAACACUGUGUGAUCUUACAGCUACACUCUUUAAAUAGAGUCAGACUUUUCCAUCCUUUCUAUUUUCACUGCCUCGGACUGAAACAACAAUCACAUAUCCCUGAAACGGUAGACCUUUCCAAGUGCUAGAAGACAGAAGAGAAGUCAAUUUAGUUUCUUAAAUGAAGGAUGGAGGUAACUUGAUGGAAGAUGACAGCAGAGAAAACAAGAAGAGGGAAAAGGAAUACUGAUGAUAUUGAAUAGUGCUUGCACUAUUAUAAGAAGACAACAAGAAUCUAUCAAGCCUGAUUCUCUAUGUGGUUAAAUGAGCGUUUGCACAGUAAACAUACAAACUUGACCCACCCUCAAGCUUCACCCUUAGUUGCUUUUCAGUCUUGAUUAAUAGAUUAGACAUGGUCUCUUGUCACCGGGCUCCUUCUCACAGGAAACAAUUGACAUACCCCAUGAUUUGACUAAAUUUAAUUUAUAUGUAAUUGAUUUGAUUCUUUUAUAAAACUUGCUGAAGUAAAACAUGAGGCAAAGAUGCUGUAGGGUGUGAGGCUAAUUCAAAUUUCUUAAAACUUGUUAAAAUCAUUUUAACUUGCCAGUGUUUGAUGCUAGUGAGUCAGCUAACAUCAGCUGUAUUCCCUGAAUGGAAUUUCCCCGUGAUGCACUGAAAAGACUAAGCCCAGGUAGAAAGUUUUUCAAACAGGAAGUAACCAUUGCUAUGAAAGUGGACUCUGAUUGGUGGGUCAGCAAACCACAGAGCCAACAAAGGGUCAUUUGUCAGAAAGCACAGUAGAUAAACGCGCCACAGAGAGCCUUGAAAGUUACAUUACAAAUGAUAUACUGUUAUUGUGAUUCUGAGGCAUAUCAGUAAGUAAACUUCCUAUUUGUAGGAAAAUAAAGAUGGGAUUUUUGUUUGAGCAGAGUGUCUCCACAGAGCAGGAAGAUUGAGCUGCACAGGCUGAAGAAACCCUCUGACCCUCUCACCUCCUGAUGAUGUCUCCAUUCCUGCCUCGCAGUAUUCUAUUUAUAACCCAUCACGUCUUCUUUGUCAGUGUGCUAUAUAUUUAGUAUGUUUUGUUUUGUUUUUAGUUAAAAGAGUAAAUGUGCCAAUGUGAUUCACCCGUGCCACACCCACACCCAUGCAUGAAGAGCACCACACGGAGACAAACGAGUGAAACGCCACAGGUUCACAACAACUGGUGCUGUUUUUUUACGAUAACCUACGAUGGCGUUAUUUUAUUGUUGGAUGGUUUUUGUUGUUUUGAAGGCGCUGUUACUGGUCAGCUGCUGUGUUUGUAGAUUCUCGUUGUGUUGGACAGUGAACCUGUUGAAUCUGUGAAGUGGCUGCUUGUUUCUUACCACAAGAGUAACAGCAAAAGAAUAAAG